AUGUCGAAUAUACCCCUAAUCCACCACGGCCGUCGUCGCCCACCGCCGCCAGCCACCUCCGGCCUCUGCUACCGGCGGCCGUCGUCGCCUCCGCUAUCGGCCACCGCCGUCGCCGCCGGUAGCCACAGGCGACCACCGUCGGCCGCCCAUCGCUGCGGCCACUACCGGCCGCUGCCGCCACCCACGACCACCGCCAGCCGCCCAUGGCCACCGCCGCCCACCCACGGCAGCCCACCGCCACCCGCCGCCCGCCCACCGCUGUCAGCCGUCACCACCGGCAGCCACCUCUGGUCGUCACCAUCGCCCACCGCCGUCGGCCACCUCCGGACUCCGUCGUCGUCGCCGGUCACUGCCGACCGCCGUCGCUGUCAGCAGCCACUACUAGCCGCUAUCGCUGCCGACGGCCACCGUCGGCCGCCCACCACCGUUGGUCGCCACUGUCGGCCGCCAGCCGCCGCCCACCCACCGCCAACGCCGCUGGUCGUUGCCGUCGCCACCGGCCGUCGUCAUCGGUCGUUGCCGCCGCCGCCGGCAGUUGCUGUUGGCCGUCACCGCCGGCGCCGACCGUCACCGCCACAGUCAGCAGGCGGCCGUCGCCCCCAUAGUCGGUCGUCGCUGCCACCGCAGCCGUCGUCGGUCGUUGUCGUCAUCGGUUGCCGGUUGCCGGAGGCGGUCGUUGCCGGUUGCCGGCGGCGGUCGUUGCCGGAUGCUGGCGGCGAUCGUUGCCGGUGGCGGCAGAGGAGGCCAACGGCGGCGGCCGCUGGUUGCCACAAGCUCCGACAGAGGUACGGCGACCAUCAGUAA